AGACAGCGCAGCUCAUUCAGGCACCGCCCCCUCUCAGUGGUGUUCGCAGGGUGGGGGAUCCCCCGGAGCGGAUGUUCGGGAUCCCCCGAACCAGUGUCUGAGGUCCCCACAGGCCGGCGUGGCACCGCCUCAGGAGCUGGUGCAGGGGCCUGGCGUGCAGGUGGGAGGCGCUGUGGUCUUGGCGCGAGGAGCUGGCCGCCCGGCUGGACCCGCCUCUUCCCCCCGCCGAGUCGCCGGAAAGCCAGGAGGACAGGAGACAGAGCAAUCGGGCUCCACGGUGCUUGGCCCGCAGUCCUCAGAUCGCUCGGAGCAGAGCCAGGUGGCGCCGCAGGAGCACAGCGCACGACCUUCCGCGGCCGCCUUUGUCUGUGAGCAGUGCGGCCUGGAACCUCGGCUCUCGGGGGGCGGAGACGCGCCCGCAGCAGUCGGUGACAGUACCUCUCUCCUGGAGGCUCUGGGACGGAGGGGCAGUCGCUCUGGGCCCUGCUCGCCCGCACCAGCACAUCCAAGGGCGCGGACAGAUGCCCCCACAGCAGGGGGACCCCGCGUUUCCCGGCCGCUGCGAGGCACCGCCAGUGCCGCCGCGCCGGGAGCGCGGGGGGCACGGGGGCCGAGGGCGCGCGGGCCGUACGGAGGGGCGCGGCGUCAAGUGCGUGCUGGUCGGUGACGGCGCGGUGGGCAAGACCAGCCUGGUGGUGAGCUACACUACCAACGGCUACCCCACCGAGUACAUCCCCACCGCCUUCGACAACUUCUCGGCUGUGGUGUCGGUGGAUGGGCGACCAGUGAGACUCCAGCUCUGUGACACUGCGGGACAGGACGAGUUUGACAGGCUGAGGCCCCUCUGCUACACCAACACGGACAUCUUCCUGCUGUGCUUCAGCGUGGUCAGCCCUUCCUCCUUCCAGAACGUCACCGAAAAAUGGAUGCCAGAGAUCCGAUGCCACUGUCCCAAAGCCCCCAUCGUCCUGGUGGGAACUCAGUCGGAUCUCCGAGAAGACGUCAAAGUCCUCAUUGAGCUGGACAAAUGCAGAGAGAAGCCGGUGCCUGAGGAAGCGGCGAGGCUGUGUGCAGAGGAGAUCAAAGCCGCCUGCUACGUGGAGUGCUCGGCCCUGACACAGAAGAACCUCAAGGAGGUCUUCGACGCAGCCAUCGUCGCCGCCAUCCAGUACUCGGAUGCUCAGCAGCAGCCAAAGAAGUCCAAAAGCAGGACUCCGGACAAGAUGAAGACCCUGUCCAAGUCCUGGUGGAGGAAGUACUGCUGUUUCGUGUGACGCUGGCAGGAAACCCGGACAACGUUGAGAAGUGAAGUCGCUGCUGGAAGUGACAGGCGCUGAAACAAGCCCUUUUUCCAUGUGCGCCUGUACAGAGAACACGUGUCACUGAGCCAUUCCCCAUGGACGUGUUCUUUCUUGCCUUAGAUUUUCUUGUAGUUUGAGCUUAGGGAUGAGACUCUUCUGCAACGCAUUUUUGAAGUAAGUUAAGCAUUUUUCAUAACUUUAGAAAUUUAGAGCUCCAGACCUUUGGAUCAAUUUAUACCUAAUAUGAAAAAUUCGCCUUGCAUCUGAGCAUCAGGAAUGAUUCUGCUGCAUUGUAAUGUGCGGAAGGAUAUGCUGCAUCCGCUUCAGGCAGCCACUGUUUGCAGCACUCAGCUUGCAACCUCUGUGCUUUUUUUUCUCUUUUUAAGGAGCAAAAAUCAGAAAGAAAUUAGAGACUUCUGCCUACAAAACCUCAACCCAGUCACUUUUGUCAUAUACUAACACCUGGUUGCAUAAGAUUUAAAAACCAACAAAAACAUCACUCUAAGCCUUUGACACUGUGUAGACCAAAAAGGAAAAGUUGUUUGUUGGGAUUUCUCAUUCUGGGGGCAGUUGUGUUGACACUGUGUAAACAUGGUACUGCGCAGUCGUGCAAGUGUCCACUUGUGGCACUUACAUUUUCUCUACGGAUUGACCUUCAGAUCAGAGUGUGAAGUUUGCGGUUAGCGCCCGUGCACCAGACCCCUGGGAAUUAGAGCCCUGGGAGCACCGUCUGAGUUGUCUAAGCUUCCACACUUAAAGUUGUGUUAUCUGCCGAGUGUGAGUACUCGACAGGCCUGCAGCAAGCGUUUGUGGGGCACAAAAUGUACUUUUUCAAAGCCAGCCAAAACAGACUUCUUGUACACACACGUGUGUGUGCACUUGGCUGCAUUUGCUGCUGAUUCAGACUUUUAAACAGUGAACGGGGAAAAGCAUAUGGCCACCAAAACAGGUGUGAGGGAAGCGUGGCUUCCUCUUUUUGUUAACACUUGUUUGAACAGAUUUUUUUUUUUACACCCUAGAUAUGACUUUAAGUAUAUCUGAACACAUUUUUGAGACCAUCUUAAAACAAAACAUGAACAUCUCUUAAAACCUGUUUUAAAAUCUGUGAAAACAACCAGUUAAGUCCACAGGCGUCUUUCAGGGGAUUGGCAGCAAAGAUCAACACUGCAUGUCAUGGGCCAUGGUGUCCGCUGUGGCCAUCCAGGAGCAAAUUGAGUGCGGGAACCACUGCUCCCUCACUCAGCUGCAGUUAGAAAACCAUGUUCUUCAAGGUGGCAGUUUUAGGGCUUAAACUGGAGAACACCACUGCCACACCAGAAGAGUAGUCUUACUCUGUGAUGGUGCUUUGAGAUGCCAAAACGUCGCCCGAUGCACUGUGACAUCCAGUUCGCACUGGGUGAAGCACAUUUACCAAAAUCGGUUCAGUGGGGAAUCUGUGGAGCCAGUGGCUAGAGGACUUAUCUUUCUGUGGGUCUUGUGUUGUCUCUUUAUGUUUGAAAAAAGCCAAUUUCUGUUUUCUAUAGAGAAAGUGAAAGAUUAGGUUAUACUUCAGGCUCGGGUCUUCUUUGAUUUCUGCUAGUAAAUAAAAUUAACUAAUUUCUUGGCUUAAAAACUAAAAUACGUAGACUCUUUACUAUUUAUUUUUCAAUACAUUGAAAUUGAAAUCAGUCAUAAUUUCCUGUUUCGUUAUAAUCUGAGUGAAUAAAAUGACUUCAUUUGUGAAAAUGCCCCCAAACAGACCUAAUGGAAUGUGCCCCAAGCCUAUGUGCCUGGCUCACCUUCUGUGGGAAGCGGCUUCCUGGCCUGGGCCCCGCCUGCCCGUGUGCAGAGAUGGGAGUGGGGCAAGACUUAUUUAACUGGGAAGUAAUUUCAAAUAGUAUUUUUAUAUUUAAGCAAAUGUCAUGGAGUACAAUGCAAAUUACUUUUUAAGAAAGAAAACAAAACUUUAAAGAAGGUUUUUGCAUGUGUUAGCGCGUGGGGCACUCUUGGUCCCCCUGGGAGGGACCUUGGGCACCCUCUGCCCUUUGGGCCACUGGUGGGAAACCUGUGAUCCCAUUCUGAGAGCUUUACUCAAUAGAUUUGUUUUUAACCCAGAUUGAUAGAACCUGGGACAUUAGCACCAAAAACCUAGAGGGCUGACAUUUAAGUGCAAGAAAUAGUUUUUAAUACGUUGCUGCAUUUUAUACAAUACUAAAGGUACGAUUGUACUUGAGGUUUUCUUCCAUUUUUCUUUGUGAAAAUAGAGAUUUGGGCAGAAAAGUUUUUACAAGUAUGUGCUUGACUUAAAUAUUUUAGAGUUGAUACACUUCAAAGCUCACACAUUGUUAAACUUGAAGCGUGGAAUAGAGAAGAUUUUAUGAGUUCUGCUUUAGAAAAUGCCACUUUAGCCUUACUCCUACAGUGUAGGCUGGUCAAAAUUUUUAAAUACAAUAUACUCCAAAAACUGUUUUCUCUCUUUUCCGUGUGUGUGGAAUUAACCUUUUAUGAUGUUCUCUGUGCUUGACAGACUUGAGAAAAACCACCCAGGAAUUACACAAGCCCACACGGGCAAGGCCUUCUCCACAGACUUGUAACCUGGUGCCUUACCAAGUGUGCUUUGCUAUUCCCAAGCGUAAAUGAGGGCCAGCAGAGUGCUGUUUUUGCAAACGCCAUAAAUGAGGUGGCAUGAAAUAAAUUCUGACCUAUGACUAUAACUGCACUUGCCUUCUCUACAAAAGAAUUUCAUUGGAAGUGAAUAAAAGUUCUGCCACAUCGAGAAGCAGGCUGGCCCCAGAAGCAUUUUGGGAAUACAUCCCCAACAAGCAUUAAAUGCUUAUCCACUAUGGGGUUUUGAGAAUUUUGGGGUCACAACCUGAUACAAGAGCUUGGUGGCUUUCCACCUGUGAUGGAUGGUGGGCUGGAGUCCCCAUUUGUUGGAAGGAUCACUGUCUUUGGGGUCAGAAGUCCAAGCUCAGAGAAGUACUGAGUGUGUGGUGUGAUAGAGAAGUCACUGGACCUGAGCCUUAGUUUCCUUAUGUGUGGACAGCACAGCCUUUCUCACCAGGCUACUUGAGGCCUGAUUGAGAACGCAUCUGCAUAUGAAGGAUAAAUGUCCUGGUGAAAGGGAGUAAAAGUCAGAGAUGCCAUGAGUCCCACCAGCUUUCCAGAGCAGCGGGGCACAGGAUUCCCGUCUCCAAGGGCACAGGGUUCCCAUCUCCAAGGGCACAGGGACAUGCUAUGUGAUGUGUAUGACUUCUCAGGUUCUUGCCAUCAGUCUUCUCAUCAUGACACCCAGAUGCAGCCCUUAUACCAAGAGCCCCAGGGAAUGUGGUCCUGGGGACAGACCAGUCUGAGGGGCCAGAUGUCAUCCUGUUUCCACCCUCCAGCCUCAAGGGAGUGGACCGUGCUCCUGGUCAGCUAGUAAAGGAUAGACCAGGCUAUGACUUUUCACAUCCAUUGAAUGUUCCAGCUCACUGCACUGGAACAUUGUGCAGAGAGCAACUAGAACCCAUUUGCUUGGGUCCCAAAGUAUUCUCACUGAUCUCCACAGGACAGCCUGACCCUAGCCCAGAGGGACUUAGAGUUUCUCCUUGCUUAGCCCCAGUCCUGCUACCCAUAUCCAGGACAGGCCUUCCCAGGCUACACUGACAGAGCACACUGUGCCUUUAAGGAGGUCAGGACGAGCUUCAUGGAGAUGUUUCUAUGACCUGAAGGAGGUGAGAGAAUGAGAAGUAUGUGAGAAAAAAGUUUUUUUAAAGGAAUAUCAGGUACAAAGGGCCUGAGGCAGAGGAAUGUCUGGCAUGUCCAAGGCCAGUGUGUACAGGACAGAAGCAAUGCAGGGAGCAGAGCAGGAGAAGACAUCAGGGAGGGGAUGGUGGCCGCAGAAAGGAGGGGGAGAAGGGGCUGGGCUCCGGAGUCAGGCUAUUUGAAUUUGAAUCCCAGCUCUGUUCUUACUGGUUUUGAUUCCUUGAGCUACUGAACCUGUUAACUAACCUCUCAGUGCCUACACUUUCAGAUCUAUAAGGGGGAUAAGCCUGAUACCUGCCCAGUGGGCCGAUGUUAUGACUGUAACAUGUUGGUUCAUCGUAAACGUCAGGAAAUGUCCACGCUGAUUGGUCUUGUAGCUAGGUUCUGUUGUUCAUUUAUUUUCUAGCAGGACACCCAGUUGAUCAAUUUACGAUUGGCCCCCAAUGGCUUUCAUUUUCAACUCUAUCAGAUUUUAUGGGGCAUUUGCUUUUUAUGGAUAAUAGCAGACUCAUUUUUUCAUUUCCACUCAUUUUUAUGAAAUAAGAGCAAAACCAUGUAAAUUACUCCAGUAGUUUCCAUGGGCUGACUGUGGAACAUGGUUGCUGCUGUGCGAGCUGCUGGGUCAACUGCUGAAGUCAGGGUCAGCAGACAGGUGGGGAUGGAGUGGGUGGGCAGUCAGUGCGAGGCAGCUAAGUGAGCACUGUGUGGGCUUCCCAGCCCUCAGCGGGGCUGUGUCUUGAUUCUCUUCAGGCAAGAACCUCUUGCUUCAGAUUCACACUAGCAUACUCUUGGUUUUGUAACUCUGAAGCCGUUUUUAGAGUCAUUGCUCGUUAGCCCGAGUCACCCAACCAGUUUCCUCUAUCUCCCGUAUCAUGUGCAAUCCUAACAAGAAAACCAAGUCUUGGAGACACAGUCUGCAUAUGAAAGAGCCAUGUGGCUGGGAGCCCACCAUUUACCCAAAUGAAGACACAUUUUGGAGCUGAGUAUCACAUUUCCCUGCAUUUGCCACCACCAUCCCCUCCUUCCCCCUGAGUCCCACAGGUACUUAAAACUUAACUCGCUCUACUAGUUUCCUAUCACUGCUGAAACAAACCACUAUAAACUGAGUGCUUGAAAACAAAAAUUCCUUACCUUAUUGUUCUGAAUAAGGUAAGACAGGUCUCACGGGUGAUAAAAUUUAUGACCUUAACCUGGAUAGAACUCUGGAGGGCUUGUGGGAGGAGCUGUCACUCUGUGUCACUGCAGACACCCUACAGUCAAGUCCGCUGACUGUACCAAUCCCUCCUGGUUGUCCUUGUCCCCUCUGUAAAGUACCUCCUCCGGCUUUUCCCAGUGCAAUGUCUGCAUGUAUCCCAUUGCAGUCCUUUCUUUAUCCCCUUUUGGUGAUAUGGAAUACCUAGUUGAUUUUGUUUUGUGGUUGACAUUGGGCUAAAAUCAAGGUGAGGACAGGGCUGUGUUCCUUUCUGGAGGCUGUGGGGGUGGGUCUGCUUCCUUGCUCUAGAGCCCACCCACGUUCCUUGGUUCAUGAUUCAUCUCCACCCCCAGAGCCAGCAAUGGCUGGUUGAGUCUUUCUCAGAGGGUGUCCCUCUGACGCCGACUCUUUCACAUCCAAGGACCCUUAUUAUUAUACUGGCCUACUCACAGAGCCCAAGGUAAGGCCCCACUCAGGGUCAGCAGAUUAGAAAUCCCAGUCUAUCUUCAACCUUUGCCAAGCAGCCUGCAUGGUCACAGGCAUAGGCCAAAGACAUCUUUGGGGCCAUUCUUCUGUGACCACAGUCAUCUCCCAAGGUUGGCUCAUUGCUUCCCAACACUUGCCUACUCCGUGCCCCUCCCUGUGUGCUUUUUUCCUUAGUGAAUGCUCAGAAUGUACCAGAGCAGCAGUGUACUUGUUCAGACCAGAAAUCUGUCAUCAGCCCAGACUCCCUUCCUGCACAUUCACAUCGAAUUGGUCGCCAGGUCCUGUGGUUGGGUGUUAUCCUCAGGUCCUUCUCCUACUUAUGCCCAGCAUGGCAUGAAUUCAACUACACCUCAUCCUCAUCUUUUUCCAGCCACCCUCAUGCCUCCUCCUCCAGCCGGCCAAUGUGUUUGUUUCUUUGUUUGUUUGUUUUUAACUUCUAAACUACUUUACUUCUUCACUUCCAAUAAAUGCCCAAGGGUUCUCCAUUGCCUAUAGCAUUGAUUUCCAAACAUUUUACAGUGCAGACCCCACAUGACAGUAAUUGUACUUUUACUAUUUUUACCAAAAUACAAAAUGAGAAAAAGCUGCCUGCAAUCGCACUUUCACAACGAUUGAUAUAACACUUAAUAAUAAAAGCCUCUGUGAAUUCAAAAA